UCCAAAAUCAAACCAAAGAAACAAACACCACGUUCUUGUAGCAUAGUCAAACUCAAACACUCAGCUCAACUGGGUCUGCAAAAGACAAAACAAAAGUGUUACACUGUCUCUGCAUUCAUUCCAAGUCUGAACCCUGUACUUGAGAAUUGCAAGCUUUUUUGCGGUCAACACCAACUCUAUUCAAUGGGUCGUAAACCCAGUGAACAGAACUCUUCCCUGUCACACCGUUUGAUCCUCAUCUUGGUGUGCCUUGCUUCGUGUGGUUUGGUCUACGCUUUACUCUCUUCUGUGCUCCCAAACGGCAUAAGCAGCAGCAGAAGCUUUUCCGUUUCUGAGCUUACAACUUCGUUGGCAUUGGUUCAAGGCGGUGCUGAUGGUGGAUGCUGUAGAGGGAUUGAGAAUUAUGAGCUUUGGGGUGCAGCGGUCAAGUGGGGUUCUGACUUCAAGUUCAAUAGUUCACAAGAUUGCUGCAACGCGUGCAAAUCUAUGUGCACUGGGAAGGAUGGACCCUGCCUCUGUGAUACAUGGGUGUUUUGUGGGAAUCGUGAGGCUUGUGGAUCCAAAUUUGGUGAGUGUUGGUUGAAGAAACAAAAGGACAGCUUCGCCCCUGAACGGCAAGAAGGAGUGCCUCCAGGGGAAAUAGUUGGCUGGACUUCUGGUAUCAUCUUUGGAAAAGGAGAGGGAAUUAUUGGAUUGGAAACUGAAUAUGGAACUCUUCACAUAAAACUUUUCCCUGACUGUGCCCCCAACUCUGUUGCCUACAUUCUAGAAUUGUUGGCUUUGCACCAUUGUGCAGGCUGCCAAUUUUACCGUGCAGAGAGCCGAGGACAAUCAUGGGAUUCAGAAGGAAACCAUAUAAAAAAUGCUUCAUUUGGUCCCCCUUAUGCAUUAAUUCAAGGGACUCUGGAAGCUUAUGGCACACCAUUCAAUAAACUUCCUGUGGAAGAUUGUCCAACCUUAAGAAGGGGCUCAGUUGCUUGGAUUGGUUCUGGUCCUGAAUUCUUUAUUAGCCUUGCUGACCAUUCUGAGUGGAAACAUGAAUACACUGUCUUUGGUUCUGUUCUUCCAGAAGAUAUGAAUGUUGCUGAGAAAAUUGCGACACUCCCAACAUUGUCUGAUGUUUGGAACAACGUUAACGUGACCGUUUUGGAAAAACCUGUUCCCUUGUCGCUGCGAAGAAUUGAGAAAAGCCAUGAAGAUUGAAAAUUUCAAACAAGCUGUUGCUGCGCCGCUGCGCAUACACUGCAAUUCUUUUGGUUUGAAAGCUUAUACCUUUUUUUACUCUGCUUCCAAGUCCUGUUGAUAUAACUUUGUUGUAACUUCUUCACCCUUUUUUUUUUAUAAACUUUUUCUUUACUUGAUUUUGUUUUUUGCACGGAAGUUCCUAUAAUUUCAAAGGAGAGUAUAAAGCUGUGUCCCUGGAAGAAUUAUGAACAGAAGAAUGAUAUUAUCUGAGGACAUUUUCUUAAAGUUGCUAGUAAAUUUACUCCUACAUAUAUAUUAUUUUGUACUAUUUCGUAACACCACACUCUCGUACAUCUAUUUUUGUGAUAGUUUUUGAAACCGCCAUAAAAGUGAAUGUACUAGAGCAGUCGUUGGCUCUUUGCUAUUA